AUGCCCGCCCUUAUCUCCUCCCUCGCCCUGCGCACCCUCCGGACGCUCGUCCAGCGUCCCGCCACCACCACCACCACCCCCCUCCGUGCCUUCAACACAGCUGCUACUGCUGUUCCCCGAUUCACCCCCAUCCUCCGCACACCCACCGCUCUCGCAGCCCUCACGACCAGAACCUCCACCACCUCGACCUCGCAGAUCGCCCUCCUCGCCGCGCGCCGCUCUUUUUCCACCUCUCCGCUCCGCCAAGCGACCUACAACCAAGUCCGCCGCGGGUGCCGCGUGGCGCAGAAGGCCCGGCGCUCGCGGUCGCCCGCCGUGACCGGCCGCGCGCAGAUGAAGGGCGUCUGCCUGAAGACCGGUAUCACGAAGCCCAAGAAGCCCAACUCCGGGGAGCGGAAGACGGCCCGUGUGCGGUUGAGCAGCGGGAAGGUGGUGACGGCAUAUAUUCCCGGUGAAGGUCACAAUAUCCAGCAGCACAGUGUCGUCAUGGUCAGAGGUGGCAGAGCCCCCGAUUGUCCGGGUGUGAAGUACCACCUGGUUCGUGGUGCUAUGGAUCUGGGUGGUGUCCCCAACCGCUUGACGGCCAGAUCUAAGUAUGGUACGAAGAAGCCCAAGACGGACUAAAUGUCCGCAAAGACUGGGAGGCGCGUAUAUCGGGGAAUUAUGCCUGAGUCCAGCCGGAUGAUAUGCGGAUUACCUGACGGAGGGGCUCUAUCCUAUGUAUUAUUUUGGUUUCUUUUCUUUUCAUCUUCAUCUUCAAAGGCAUUUGGUUCAUCGUUAAAACAGCUAUGUACAUUUAUGAGACAGUCUCUGGAAAAGAUAACACUUUCCAUCUUAUCAGAUAUC